ACAGUAAUAGCAAGAAACUCAGAUACAGUGAAGGACGUUAUCAGCAAGUCACUAUCAAGACUAGGAAUAAGUGGCACUGAGAGUGACUACCAGCUUUGGUACGAUUCCGGCAAUGGAGAAGCCCCGUUUGCCUUCCUUGGGCAUGAAAAUCCCUAUGUGAUUAAAAUGAAUCAAAUUGGAGAAACCGCAUUCAUGGCACGAAGAUCACGACAACAUGACACUCAUUUUGUGGAAGAGGAUCUCAUGGAGCAGUCGUAUCCACCCAUGGGAACGCGGUUCAUUCUGAAGCCAAGGCAGCCAGCCUGUGGCCAGCAAGCUAACAAUUCAGAGCAGAAGAAGGAAGGCAGGGGAAGAUCUUACCUCAAUUGGCUUUUUGGGCGGCGGUCCAGCACAGCCAAGGAGAAGCCACCUGUGAAAUCUUCACCUCCACAGUCAGGCCUGCUCUUUGGGGCUCCCUUGAAGGCUGCUUGUAAGAAUGGCAAUGUGCCCUCCCCUAUUCUGGACAUGAUUGCCUUCAUUAUGCAGGAGGGCCGACUCACAGAGGGCAUCUUCAGAAAGUCAGGCAGUGUCAGAGCCUGCAGAGCCCUCAAAGACAGACUCAUUGGUGGAGAACCAGUGGACCUGCACGAGGAGUCUGUUCAUGUGGUGGCUUCGGUGUUAAAGAUAACUGCUAUGCUGAUAAUGGUUGCCAGUGCUGUGCUAGGACAGUAUGAAUGUAUUCGUAGGGAUAAAAGUAACGAGUGGGAUACUGCCCACUUGUAA